UUAAUGAGCGUUCGUCGAGUUCGCUUCGUAGAUUAAAAACCCAACGAAACUCGCGUGCGUACGCGUUCGAAAUAGACGUUUUCGAAACGUGUUUGAAAAGUGUGUUUUUGAAAAUUUAAAUAAUAUCUGUAUAUCAGAGAGUAAAAGAAAACUUUGGUGACCCCAGUGAAGCAUGUCCAGUGCCCAAGUGUCGCAACAGCCGCCGCCGCCGCCGCUGACCGCCAACAGUAACAGCAGUAACUCAAUGCCGUCGCAACUGCUGCUGAGCCACAUUCAGCACCACAGCACCAGUCUGAGCCACCAGCGGAGCACCGGCAGCCACCAGAGAUCCUCGCCAGCAGCCCAGGACUACGAUCAGGGCAGCAAUCACUCCACACUAUCGCCCCGAUCCCAGAUAACUGCCAGUCCGCCGGCAGCAAGUCCCACCCACUCGGCGGCCACCACAGGAUCACCGCUUAGUGCCUACGCUCCGGGAUUGAGUCCAGGUGCUGGUGGUGCUGGAGUCCAGGAUAACAGCCAAACGGAUAGUAGUCAGAAUCCCCAGAUGCCCCUGCUAGUGGCUCCCUUGCCAGUGGGUGCUGGUCAUCCAGGACCACCGCAUCCAAGGCUAUAUGUUGAGGGUUUCCCGCCACCACAUCAUGUGCCCCAUCCCCAUCCCGCUCUGGGCGCCUAUUCCCUGCCACGUCUUCCACUGAUGAUGCCGGGCAGUGCACCUGCAUCUGCACCACCUGGCGCAGGAGCUGCUCCGCCCGUGUCGCCACAACCCGCUGGGAAUCACCUGAGCCACAGUGGAGCCACCAUGGCCACAACCACGCUCCUGCCACCCGCCCAAAGUCAGCCCAAGAAAUCCUUCUGCAUAGACGCUCUGUUGGCCAAAAGUCAGCACCACAGCCAGGGUGAGCCGCAGCCCAUAAUUGUGGACGACCGACUGGCGGCACUGCACUAUGCCCGGGAUCAGGCGGAACUCAACCACGCCUUCGUGACCGCCUCCAAUGCGGCGGCCGCUGCUCAGGCCGCUGCCUCCGCCGCCGGCGGAAUCAGCGAGCAGGAAGCACUGCAGCGCAUCCGGGAGUCCAGGGAGUACGACUCACCCAGUCCCGACGGCAUGUCAAGAUCCGAGUCGCCCAGUUCGUCACAUCGCUCCAGUCCGCCCAUCAGUCCCGGUUGUGAAGAUCAGCAGAAUCAUGGCGGCAUCGGCAUGCAUCCCCAGCACCUGUCCAUGCGCAUGUCCGACUUCCAUGACGAGUUCAAGAAGCCCAUUCCGCCGCACAGUCCCAUCAGACCCCAGGAUUUUCCACUCUACGCUGGCGGACACCCAUACCAACUGCUGGCGCAGGGUGGAUCCGCUUUCCACAGACCUCUGGAUCCUUCCGGCAAACCCAUUCCGAUACCCAUGGGUCACAACUUCAUGCCCUCACAGCUGCAAUUCGAGUUCCUGGCCCGCGCUGGAAUGCUGCACCAUCGGAUCCCCGAACUGGCCGCCUAUCCCCAUCAUGCGAUUCUGGGCAAGACCCGAAGACCCCGCACCGCCUUCACGUCCCAGCAACUCCUGGAAUUGGAGAAGCAGUUCAAGCAGAAUAAAUAUCUGAGCCGGCCCAAGCGAUUCGAGGUGGCCAGCGGACUGAUGUUGUCCGAAACGCAGGUGAAGAUCUGGUUCCAGAACCGCCGGAUGAAGUGGAAGCGGUCCAAGAAGGCCCAGCAGGAGGCCAAGGAGAGGGCAAAGGCCAACCAACAGCAGCAGCAGCAGCAGCAGACCCCCAGUGCAGCCAGUUAGGAGUAGGAUUAAGGAGGAGCAUCUGGAGGAUCUGGAGGAGUCUCCAAUCUAGUCAUGCCGCGAUCAAACCGCCGUCCCACCAUCAAAACGAGACACCCUGUUUUUCGCACCCCAGUUUCAUUUGCGCAAUCGGUUGAAAUCUUUUUCCGUUUUUUUCGCUUCGAUUUCGUUUUGUUAUUUUUAUUUGGUGCCACAACAACUGGGCACUGUGUGAUAUAUGUAAACAAGAAAUAUAAAUUAAAUUCAUUAGCCCCUGUAUGUACAUAAACAUAAAUCUAAAUAGAAACACGCAGAUAAAUAAAAAUAUAAAUAUAAAACUAAACUAGAUGAAUAAUGCUUAAGUAAAUAAAUUACAUUAAAUGCUAUUAGUUAAGUUGGUAAUUUUUAUUUUGCUUCUGUAAUUUGUGUAAAUAAUUGUAAUUAUGUAAUUGUAGUAUUUAACAAAAACUACAACAACUAUUGAGUAAAAACAACUACAAACAUUUUAAUUAUCGCAUUGCGAUUUAAUUAGUUAAUUGUAUGGAUUUUAUUUUCAAAAUCUAAGAUGUAUAAAAUAAAUCACGAAAAACAUGAA